AUGGCGCAAAUGGCGCGUGGAGAAGGUUACCGGGAGGAGCAGACCAGCGACGAAGAUGAAAUCGUAGGCCCAGCCCGAUCCGAAAGCGAUACCGACUCCGAUGUCGAGAUACCAGAUGUGAGACCCUCUCCGAAGCGCAAGUUAGAUGGCAAACCAUUAGAUAAGGGGAAAGGGAAGAUGGAGAAGUCUCUCUUCUCGGAUGACGAGGAUAUCUACGAGAAAUUCAAGAACAGGAAAUCGGAGAAGAGAAAGCAAACAGCUGCUACGAAGAAGAAAUUAGCUACGAAGACGAAAGAUGCAAUCGCAAGUAGGAAAAAGGCCAAGGAUAAUGGAGAGGAACCAGCGGCCAAGAAGCAAAGGAUAUGGGGCGAAGAGUCGGACUAUGAGAUGGACGAGGAUAUUCCCGAUUAUCUGCAUCAACGCAGAAAGGAGUUCGAAUCGAACUAUCAUAAGUUGGCUGAGGGAGGCCUCCGUCUUCCGCCAAGGUACGAUGAGAUUGAAUUCUCGGAUGAUGAGAUGCUUGCGGAAUUGGAGGAACGACCAGACUUCCCUCCCACUGUCGAGACCUCGAGGCCGUAUAAGGAUAUCGAACUGCCGCACUCUCUGGGUGUUAUACCGGCUUCCAUUGCCCAGUAUUUGCGAGAUUAUCAAGUCGACGGCGUUGCCUUUCUGCACGAGUUAUUCGUGUACCAAAAGGGUGGUAUUCUUGGCGACGAUAUGGGUUUAGGCAAGACUGUACAAGUUGCUGCAUUUUUGACCGCGGCAUUCGGCAAAACUGGCGAUGAGAGGGAUGCAAAGCGUAUGCGAAAGAUGCGAAGAUCUCGAUCCAAACCAUGGUACCCUAGAGUACUGAUUGUCUGCCCUGGGUCUCUAAUCGACAACUGGAAGAACGAGCUGGCACGGUGGGGCUGGUGGCAAGUCGAUAAAUACCACGGAACUGCUCCUGAGAGAGAGGCAGUUCUUCAAGCUGCUAUGUCAGGACGGCUCGAGGUUGUCAUCACUACCUACACAACCUAUCUUUACCACAAGAGCGAAGUGAACAUGGUCGUAUGGGACUGUGUGGUUGCAGAUGAAUGCCACAUUCUGAAAGACCGGAAAUCGCAAACGACGCAAGCCAUGAAUGAGUUAAACGCAUUGUGUAGGAUCGGUCUCACGGGAACGGCGAUCCAGAACAAGUACGAAGAACUCUGGACGCUCCUGAAUUGGACGAAUCCAGGCCGUUUUGGGCCUUUGUCUACCUGGGUAUCGAGUAUCAGUGAUCCAUUGAGGAUAGGGCAAUCCCAUGACGCCACAUACCAUCAAUUGAAGCAAGCACGGCAAACGGCGAAAAAGCUGGUCGAAAACUUGUUGCCGCAGUUCUUCCUCCGCCGCAUGAAAAGCCUUAUUGCUCAUCAAUUGCCAAGAAAGACGGACAAGGUAGUGUUCUGCCCGCUCACUGAUCUCCAAAAAUCUGCGUAUGAACUUUUCCUCGAGAGUGAUCUUGUUGAGAUUGUCAAAGAGUCCUCGGAAAUGUGCGAAUGUGAGUCGGGGAAGAAAAAGGGAUGGUGCUGCUAUACCCAUACACCAGACUCCAAUACGAAGUGGCAGGCACUUGUAUUCCCUGUUAUCAUGACACUGCAGAAGUUGUCAAAUCACCUCGCACUUCUGAUUCCGAACUCUCUGGAUGCGGGUGAGAAGCAACAACGUGAUUUGGAGUUUCUGCAGAAGAUGGUGCCGGAUCGAUGGGAAGAGCUCUAUGCGAACCGAGAAUCCCUGUUUAAUCUUUCCAAUCCUGACUUCUGCGGAAAGUGGAAAAUUCUCAAGAAACUCCUCAAGUUCUGGCAUGAGAAUGGGGACAAAGUUCUCAUUUUCUCACACAGCGUUAGGCUUCUGAAGAUGUUGGAGCAUUUGUUCAAGCAUACGAGUUACAAUGUCAGCUUUCUCAGUGGAUCAAUGCCGAAUGAAGAUAGGCAAAAGACAGUUGAUGACUUCAAUUCCGAUCCUGGGCAGUUUGUGUUUCUAAUCUCGACAAAAGCUGGAGGCGUUGGUCUCAACAUUACCUCCGCUAAUAAAGUCGUGAUUUUCGACCCUAAUUGGAAUCCGAGUUAUGACCUGCAAGCUCAAGAUCGAGCAUAUCGUAUUGGACAACUCCGCGAUGUCGAAGUCUACAGAUUGGUGUCUGCCGGAACAGUAGAAGAGAUAGUCUACGCUCGCCAAAUCUACAAACAGCAGCAGGCCAACAUCGGUUACAAUGCCUCCACAGAACGUCGAUAUUUCAAAGGCGUUCAAAACGCAAAGGAUCAAAAAGGCGAGAUCUUUGGCCUCGACAAUCUGUUGACAUUCCAUGGAGAUGAUAUUGUUCUCAGAGAUAUCGUCAACAAAACCAACGUCGCAGAAGCCAGGCGAGGCGUCGAGAUCAUGGACUUCGACAUGGAUGAUGCUCUGAACGACGAGGACAACCCUCUAAAGGUCGAAGAUGAUAGCAAAGGGGAUGCAGCAAUGUCACAGCUCGUUGCUCUUAUCACCGAAGGAGAAGACCCGAAGAAGAAGAUAAAGAAGGAGAAGCCCAAAACCGAUGCUAUCCAAGCGAUUCUCGCCGCUGCUGGGGUGGAGUAUACGCACGAGAAUUCCGAAGUCGUGGGUUCAUCAAGAGUCGAGGCUGAGCUUAGCAGGCGGGCAGAAGAGGCUGGGAAUGAUGUCGACUAUGGCGAAGAACGACUGUUUUCUGAGUCUCGGGCGGGAUUGGGGACGCUGGGGAAGAUCCAGUAUAGGUUUCAUCCUCCGGAGGGCGUUAUGAUGAGGCAAUUUUGUACAAUGGCCAAGACGUUUGGGUUUGCCAGCGCUACGGAGUUCGCGUUUGUGGUGGAAGGAUGGACUCAGAAGCAGAGGACGGACUGUUUGGAGAGAUUCUAUCUGAAGAGGAAGGAGAGACUUGCCGAGAUGGAUGCAGAGAAUGGUAGGGUUGAGAGCGUGUAUGAUACCACGGCGGAUCUGGGUGUUGAUACGAGCAUGGAUCUUGGCGUUGAUGAUGGCGAAACGGACGAUGAUGAAUUAUGA